CAGGAUUAUUCAUAUUCACUAUCUACUACAAAUGUGAUGAAAACCACAUCAACCCCAACAUUCUCCGUGACAACUUCUAUCGACCAUUGUAUACCCACCAUCUAUGAUGGCAGUAACAACACUUCCGUCAAUCCAAAAAAAUCUCAUCUUUACAAAACUGAAUAUUGUCGAAACUGGUCGGAGCUAGGUGUAUGCAGGUAUGGGAAAAAAUGUCGGUAUGCUCAUGGUGAUGAAGAAUUACGAAUGGUACCAAAACAUAAUCGAUACAAGACUCAAAUAUGCCGUGCUUAUCAUCUGGAAGGAACUUGUCUUUAUGGUAGCCGAUGUACUUUUAUUCAUCUUGAUGAAGAUGAAGGGAAUCAAACAAGACGGAAUUCU